GACAUCCCUAAUCAUGACUCCGCGAAUUCACCCCUGAUUCCUCCUUUUCACCCCUGCAUCUAAUCUCUCGACUACCUUCAUGCAAUGAUGUAUCGAUCACUCACAGACGGCAGCCUCUACCGCAUCGAUGCGGAUCUCCUGAUUCCUGGGCAUGGAGACCCCCUUCUCCACGGUGCCGUGGUCUGGAAGUCCAAGACUAUCCUCUACGUGGGACGUCAAAUCGACGUACCUCAAGAAUACCAAGACGCAACGACGUCGCACGUUCCCGUAGUGAUGCCAGGGCUGUGGGAUUGCCAUAUCCACUACAUGGGCGCUACGUCGGCGACGAUGGACGCGGUCGUCAAGACCACACCCGCUUUAGCCGGGGCCCGAAGCGUCCCCGACCUCCACGCAACUAUCAUGGCGGGGUUCACCUCCGUCCGUGAAGUAGGGGGCUACGGGUGCGAGCUUGCGCUCGCCGUGAACGAGGGCCGCAUCCUCGGACCCACCAUCUACGGCGCUCACAGCGCCAUCAGCAUGACCGCGGGCCACGGCGACGUGCACGGCAUGCCCCUUCACCAACUCCAGGACAUGUGCGCCCACGGGCUCCCGCUGACCAUUGCCGACGGGGUGCCAGAGUGUCUGCAAGCCGUGCGCAAGCAGCUCCGUCACGGCGCGCGCGUGAUCAAGGUCUGCGCCAGCGGCGGGGUCGUCAGCGCCAUCGACGACCCCCAGCACCAAGAGUUCUCCUUUGAGGAGAUGAAAGCGAUUGUCGACGAGGCUGCGCGCGCCAAACGCGUCGUCGCCGCCCAUUGCCACGGCAAGGCCGGGAUCAUGAACGCUCUGCGCGCCGGGUGUCGCACCAUCGAGCACGGCAGCUUUCUCGACGAGGAGGCUGUCGAGCUGAUGCGCGAGAAAGGCGCCAUCCUCGUCGCCACCCGCAGUGUGAUUGAGACGGGCCUGUCGAUGCGCCAGCUCUUCACGCCGGGAUCGUAUCAGAAGUUGCUCGAGGUCGCCGAUGCACACAAGCAGGCGUAUCGAUUGGCGGUUGCGCGCGGGGUCACCAUCGCCCUGGGCACGGAUCAGUUCAUCAGCUCGGAUAAUCCCGCUGUUGCGUAUGGGCGCAACGGCAAGGAGCUGGAGUACGCGGUGGAGGCGGGGAUGACGCCCUUGGCUGCGAUUGAGGCCGCCACGGCGAAUGGCCCGCUGACGUUGGGGGAGCAGGCGCCCAAGAGUGGGCGGCUGCUCGCGGGGUAUGAUGCCGAUAUCAUCGCGCUGACGGCCAAUCCGCUGGAGGAUAUCACGGUGGUGGGCAAUGCGAAGAAUGUGACACAUGUUUGGCAUCAGGGGAAAUUGGUCAAGUCUUAG